AUGCCGGAGCCGCGCAAGUUGUCUCCUUUGCGGGUGAAUGCGGCAUUCGCCGCCAAGUACGGCCGCUACCGCGAGCGAGAGGAGCUGCAACGGCUGAAGGAUCGCUACGGGGACCGGGACAAAGGCAGUGACUCCAGCUCCGAGUCUGACUCAAGUGACGAGCGCGUGACAUUCGACCCCCAGCAGGAGCGGGACUUUUAUAGGACGCUCUCCUUGUUGAAGAAGAAGGACCCCCGCAUUUAUCAGAAGGAUGCUACGUUCUACCAAAGAACAGCCUCAUCUUCAGAGAGUGAGGAAGAGUCAGCAACUGCGCAGAAGCAGCAGAAGAAGGUUCGGCCUAUGUACUUGAAGGACUAUGAGAGGAAGGUCAUCUUGGAGAAAGAAGGCAAAUACGUGGAUGAAGAGCAUUCAGACGGAGAGGCUUCUGAUCAGAGACGUCAGCAGACCUGGUCGCAGAGUUACGUGGAGGAACAGAAACAGCUCAAGGAAAGCUUCCGGACGUUCAUGGAGGACAGUGAGGAGGAGAAUAGUGCUGAGGACGGCGGCUCCGGGUUGUUGCAGAAACGAGCUAAAACCAGGGAGGAGAAGGCCCAGGAGGAGGCUGACUAUGUGGAGUGGCUGAAGGGACAGAAGAAGAUGGAGAACUCCGAGGCCCUGAAAGAGCUGACCCACCUUAAGGACUACUGGAACAACCCUGAGCUGGAUGAAGGGGAACGAUUCCUCAGGGAUUAUAUACUCAACAAACGUUAUGAGGAAGAGGAAGAGGAAGAAGACGAUGAAGAGGAAGAGGAGGAGGAAGGGACCCCUGGCCUUCUGGGACAGCUGGCCGUGGAUGACUCCUCAGACGAGGGUGAGCUAUUUCUGAAGAAGCAGGAAGACUUUGAACACAAGUACAACUUCCGCUUCGAGGAGCCAGACUCGGCUGAGGUCAAGACCUACCCACGUAGCAUCACGUCCUCCGUGCGCCGCAAGGAUGAGCGCAGGAAGGAGAAGAGGGAAGAGACGCGGGAGCGCAAGAGGCGGGAGAAAGCCAAGAAACAGGAGGAGCUCAAACAGCUGAAGAACCUGAAGAGGAGGGAGAUUCUGGCCAAGCUGGAGAAGCUGCGGCAGGUCACCGGCAACGAGACGCUGGGCCUGGAGGAACGGGACCUGGAGGACGACUUCGAUCCAGCCCGGCAUGACCAGCUCAUGCAGAAAUGCUUUGGAGACGAGUACUACGGUGCCAUGGAGGAAGACAAGCCGCAGUUUGAGGAGGAGGAGGGGCUGGAAGAUGACUGGAACUGGGACACAUGGGAUGGGCAGGAGCCGGAUGGUGCCUGGGGCCAGCAAGAGCUACACUGUGAGCACCCAGACUUUAAUAUGGACGCUGACUAUGAUCCCAGCCAGCCCCAGAAGAAGAAGCGAGAGGCUCCCUUGAAGGGCAAGAAGAAACGCAGGUCACCUUUUGCCACGGCUGUGGGGCAAGAAAAGCCAGUGUUUGACCCUGGGGACAGGACGUUUGAGGAGUACCUGGAUGAAUAUUAUCGGCUGGACUAUGAGGAUAUCAUUGACGACUUGCCCUGUCGAUUCAAGUACCGCACCGUGGUGCCCUGUGACUUUGGACUCAGCACCGAGGAGAUCCUGGCAGCAGAUGACAAGGAGCUGAACCGGUGGUGCCCCUUGAAGAAGGCCUGCAUGUAUAGGUCGGAGCAGGAGGAGCUGCAGGACAGGAGGGCAUACAGCCAGAAGGCCCAGAACGCGUGGAAAAAGCAGCAGAUCUUCAAGUCGCUUUGCUUAGAGGAGACGGAGAUGCCCACGGAAACCACUGGAAAGCCACAACGAGACAAUACCAGCCCAAAGGGACAGUUGCCAGUCCCUGACGGGGCUCAUGGGAAGCGGCCCCGAGCUGAGAGUCCCCCUGCACUGGAAGAGGUGGCCCCUAAGAAGCCAGCCCCCCAGAGGCGGAAGCAGAGCAAGAAGGCCCGCCUGCUGGGUCCCACGGUGACCCUUGCAGGGCGUGAGUUCAGCCGACAGAGGCUGCAGGCCUUUGGCCUCAACCCCAAACGUCUGCACUUCCGCCAGCUGGGCCGGCAACGGAAGAAGCAGCAACAGCUCAAGAGCAGCUCCUAA